UGAUAAGAAAUUAUCCAGGAUGUGUAAAUUUCUGGGGGCAGCCUCUACCGAUUACAGUAGCAAUCUCGUGAAUUUGGAACUUUCUGGAGAAAAAAUAUUUUAGUAGGCGAUUAAAAUGUUCGGGCUCGCAAGGUUCGAGGGUUUUCCCUCGAUGUUCGGGCAUAAUCGAACUCCUGUUACUGUGGAUCUCGACGAAAUUUUCAUUUUAUUUGUGUUCAUCGUUUUGUUGGUGACUGGUUUGGCGGUAACCCUUGGAUAUGGCAAAAAAAAGAGCCUCUGUGCAAUUUUCAAGGUGGGAGUUAGUGUCUUCAUUGGUGGAUCAUUAAUGAUAUCAAAUUAUGGGCAGGAGUGGGAGGUGAGUCACAUUGAAACGAAGACACCAUACAGAGCUGGUGUAUCAACCGAAAUUUAUGCGGCGAUCGGCAUUAAAAUUGGUCUACGUUCAGUAAACGUGACACUGAAAGCGAACCCCAAACCGAAUACUCCACUGGCUGGGGAGACAAUCGAUUAUAACGAGAGAUUCCCGUGGACGUGGGACCAGGGGAGAUUCGGAUUCGGUCCUAAUUCCGGUCUUUUACAGAGAACCUUUAGGGAAGCGCAGAGGAAAGGCCUUCCCAUUCCCAUCCUCUGGGUCGUUGACUAUUUCAUAAUCGAUGGAGAGAAUAUUAGAUUCGGAAGAUUCUACAGAACUGCCGGAUGGUACUGCCACAUUUUACUCUGGGCAGCAUUGCCAGCCUGGAUCCUUGCAAAUAUCUUCCUCCAGUCAGUAGGCAGAUACGCUGCAUAUUUUACGGGUCUGGUGGGUUUUCUAGAGCUCUUGAGUUGUAUAAUUUGGGCAUCGGUUCGAAAUCCGAUUCCCCUUGAAAUUCCCUUCGAGCAAGCAACAUUGAAGACAACAUAUGGGUUUUCUUUCUGGUUGGCACUCUCAACAGGGAUACUCUCUUUACUCAUCGCCGCAGUUCUUAUAGUAAUGGACCUGAGAUGUCCCAAUGUCCUCUCAAACUUCCUAGGGAUAAAUAUCCUAGACCAAUACGACGAAUACGUUGUUCGAGCAAACGAGUUGGAUUACAUGAGAGAUAAAACUAAUAAAGAUGGAUCGAUGGAACUAGGCAGAAUGUCAGCAUUUCCAGAUAAAGAUGACGGAGUGGUGCUGUUGAAGCGUCGUUCAACAGUCAAACGAGCACAAAAGGACUUGCUCCGAGUGGGGUACGUUCCAGUGAAAAUUCCCCACUACGAUGACGUAUACUAUAACCACCCAGUGAAUCCCGGGACCUCCAACGAUGGUGUGGAGAGUGACGAGAGGCCCCUGCUACUUCCUCGUCGAAAAAAGAUGACGAUUAAUUAAUUCAACGAAUCCAUCCGUGAUUAAAUUCAAUUAUCAUGAAAUCGUUCAUCUCUCAUCCUGUAUUAUUUUUCUAUCGACAGAUUAACAACAGAGAAAAGUGUCAAAAAAUGUAAUCUUGAAAGGAACACUAUCUUUUUCUCCAUACUUUCUGGUUAUCUUGACAGUUUUAUUGAAUUCAAAUUUUUCACGUUAGUCUGUUAUUAAGCUAUUGAUAUUAUCAAAUAAAUUCCGAGUUGGGGUGUGACGGAA